AAUGAAGUAAUAUAGAAGAGCAAAAAUCGUGUUUGGCUGUGUUAUUUUGUGCAACUGAUUCGGUUACUAGUAUAGUGGACAGUGUAACUCCAGUCGAUUGUAAAACCAGAUACCAUACCCUAUCAGCCAUUCAGCUGUCACCCAUGCGCUCUGAAAACGAGUCCACCUGGAUAGCUGUCAUCCCACUCUCUAGGCUUUGCUUCCUCUAUGGUUGAUUUUCAUGGGAAGCCUAGGUCGCCUAGGUGGUAAGUGGCGGCACUCAUCAAUUGUCAAAACAAGCCUCCGAUCUGUCUUCGCACUUAAAGUAUAUUAACCCCACGCGAACCAUGUCUCAAAGUACAAUGCAGUCUCAACCAGUCCCUUCACAGGCGGUGGUUCUAACCCGACGAAGUCCAAAUCAGUCCCAACACUGCUCCAUUUGUAGGCAAAUCUUUCGUCAAAAACUUGAAAAGCACGUCCAAUCGGGUGCGUGUGAGCGGUAUUUCUGCCGCGUGGAUAAUCAUGAGCAUCAACGCGUGGAUCAAACCUUCGAGACCUUAGCAGCGGCUAAGCUCUGGAUUGUGCAGGAACAACUGGAUAAAACCCUGGUCAUUGUAUCUAGUAGCGGCGAGACCAUCGCUUAUCGUUGCCGAUUCUAUAGCAAACCCUCGUCCAAAGCUGAUCCUAUGCGAAAUGACCCUGAAAAGGGCUCACUUAAAAAGAAAACGGCUAGCUUCCCUGUGCCUGAUUUGGGAUGUCGAGCUGUGAUCCGCGUGGAUCGGGUCCGUGUGUGUCAAUGUUCCCCAGAGGCAGUGAGCCAAGGCACCAUCUGUCAGAAUAGCGACUCACUAAUCCGGUUACGGGGUUGUCUGAGCCACUCACAUCCGACAGAAAAUCAGUUCCUACGAAUGUCAAAGGUUUGCCAAGACUACUUGGUGUCCUUGCUCAAGCUGGGCAUGGACAAGCGCUCCAUUUUACGGGUGUAUUUUCAAUCUGGUUUGGCGCAGGAGCAAGACCUUAAAUGCAUCACCACUCAAGACCUAAGAAAUUUGGAACGCAAGUUUAUUAAGAAGAAGACCACCUCGCAAAAUUCUACCAAGGUUGAGGACGAAGUUGACCUGAAUGCCAGCAACAUUUGUGGUCAGGCCCGAAAUGACGCUAAAAAGGAGUUUCAACGAAGAGCUCAAGCGCAAAUUGAUGAAUUACGGGCUCAUUUGUUCGACUCGAGUGUGGCUUAUCAAUCCAGAAUUAGUUUGUUAGAGAAAUUGGAGGUCCUAAAUUCUGAGACACGAUUAGAGAAAUCCGUGUUUGCCCAAGACAAAAGGCAUGUCGAAAGAGACCGGGAAGAGUGCCGGGGACGGUUGCUGACGCUUAACCAAGACGAACCGAUCUUAACUAAAAAAAUAAAGAUGUCUUAAUGAAUUCAAUAUGAACAUUACUUGCAAGUUUGGAAAAAAAAUUUUUUUUUUUGGAGAAGUGUCUUGUGAUUACGAAUUGCGAUUGUUACCCGAACCUCCAUUAAAAGUGCUUAAUUCAGAAGUCA